AUGAAGCGGCUCCUCCGAGACUGCUACCAGCCCGCCGCCAGCUACACCACUGUCUUCGCUCAGACAAGCUGCCCCUACCGGCUCUCAGGCUCCCACAUCCCUGGUGUGCAUCAUUAUAUCCUCCUAAGGUCUCCGCCAUUGGUUUCUAGGCCGUCUCGCCAGUUCAAGCCUAGCGAUGGCCGACUCGUACAGGAAAAGAUCUACUCUGGCCGAUCCAACAUCCGUAUGAUCAUCAAGAGCUUCCCCAAUUCAUCACCCGGGCAGCGCACCCCUCCACCCCCAGGAUCCCCGUUGUCCAAUACUCCCAUUUCCGGCGCGGACCGCAAGACCCCCACGGGCACGCACUUCCACAAGCACACCCAGCGCAGUCUAUGA